AUGGAUGAUAAUUUUUGGGUGGAGGAAUGUAGUGGACAAGCAUCUGUUUGUACGAAGAGGAAGAGAAGAAUUGGGAAAAAGAAGAUUGAGUUCAUAGGCUGGGCUUCGAGGCCGUUGAUUGAAUUUCUUCAAGCUAUCGGCAAGGAUACAACAGUAGAACAUACUCAACGUGAGGUGGAAGCCUUUAUCACCGCUUAUGUCAACGACAAGCGUCUUGCAAGUGCAGAAAAGAAGAAGAAAAUCUUGUGUGACGAAACCCUUUAUGCUCUUUUUGGGAGGAAAUCCAUGCACCGGACCAAGAUUUAUGAACUGCUGGAAGACCACUUCGCUGAAAAUCACGAUGAGACAGACGAGGAUCUUGACAACUCAGAUGAGGAAGACUGUGCAAGAAAAUCAGUCUCCAAAAGGAACCUGACUGGUCAGAUGAAGGUUUUCAAGGCUCCCAGGAGCUGCUUUGCUGCUGUUGUUCGUGAAAAUAUCAAACUCGUUUAUCUGAAGAGGAGCUUGAUUGAGAAACUUCUCAAGGAGCCCGAAAGCUUCGAGUUUAAAAUGGUGGGAAGCUUUGUUAGGAUGAAAUCUGAUCCUAAUGAUAUUUAUCAGAAGAAUCCCUUUCAGCUUCAGCAAGUCGCAGGUGUAGAAAAGGUUCCUGGUGCUGGUGAUGCUGUUUCUGAAAUUCGCCUGAAAGUUUCCAAUUUUUUUAAGGAAAUCCCAAUUUCCAUGCUGUCAGAUGAAAACUUUUCAGAGGAAGAAAUUGAAGAUGUACGGGACAGAGUUAAAGCUGGAUCUCUGAAAAGGCUGACUGUUAAAGAGGUGGAAGUGAAGGCUAAAUUACUGCAUGCUGAUAUAACUAAUCAUUGGAUUGGAAGAGAACUUUCUUUGUUACAGGGUAAAAUUGAUCGAGCCAAUGAAAAAGGAUGGCAUACAUUGUUUGACUAUAUAGAUAGAAGAAAGAUGCUAAACACACCGUCCGAACGAGAGAAAUUACUCCUUACAAUUCCUGAGGUGAUUGCUGAGGAAUUAGAGCCCGAAGUUAAGAAAACAGUUACUUCCGAGAAAGCGGAUGGAUCCCCAAAGUCUAUUCUUAGGAUGACUUCAGAUGCUUCCAGAACAGAUACUUCAGGUGCGCUUUUAAGCAUUGUGGUCCCAGCCAUUCUCACAGGUAAAGUACAAAGUGGAGGCAUUGACAGCAUUUUGCCCGUCAACAACCCAAAUGGUAAAAGGACUUAUGCAGUCGAUGAAGCUGCAGCCAAUAUUGAACAAGCAAUGCCGGUUCUGAAUUUGUUGAAUGAUGCGAAAACUGAGGGCCCUGUGGAGAAACAAACACAGUUAGCGACUAGUGAUAAUUUAACAGUGAUUGACCUGAGUGAGGAUGAGGAGCCGUGUGGUGAGGCUGAGGACUAUAAUAAUAAUAUGCGUGAAAGGGCAGAGGAUGUUAUAUGGCACUACUUGGAUCCACAGGGGCAGACGCAGGGCCCGUUUUCGCUCUACUCUUUGAAAAGGUGGAGUGACCACAACUACUUCCAUUCAGAAAAGAAGAAAAAACAGAUCUUGCCCCUCUUAGCCGGCAACAGCCAUUGUCGGCCUUCUUCCCUGGCUUGGCCGAGUCGCGACGGCAGGUGGGGCCAUCUUCUUUGCCCAUCCCAGAGCCCGGUGGGAAUUAGGUCUACAGCGGUUCUCGUCUCCUACCUUUUUACCCUAGCUCCGGUUGUGGUCGUCGAUUGCUUGUUCAGCCUCCGCCUCCCGCCCAACGGUAGGAGUCCGUCGAGAUGCCGGUGCUCUACCUCGCGUGCUCCACCUUUUCACCUUGUAGAAGUGUCGGCUUGCGACUGGGUGGCCAGUGGUCCAGGCUGUCCGCGGGUUUGCCUGACCGGGUUCAGCCGCUCGACCGUGUGGUAA